AUGUCCUCCCCAAACCCCCUCCCAACAACCUCCGCCCUAGCCCUCUCCCUCCUAACCUCCCUCGGCGGCGCAAUCGGCUACGCCCGCACCGGCUCAAUCCCCUCCAUUGCCGCCGGCCUCUCCGUCGGCGCCCUCUACCUCCUCGCCUUCCUGCGCCUGCGCGCUGGUCAAUCCUACGGCGAGGAAAUCGGGUUGUUGGCUUCGACUGUGUUGGGUGGGAGCUCGAUUCCAAGGGCGAUUAAGACGGGUGGGAAGCCAGUGCCGAUGGGGUUGAGUGUUUUGGCGACGUAUGGGGUUGUUGUUUUUGGGUUGGCGCUUAGGGAGAAGAGGGUUUAA